CUCUGCCACCGUUACAUCACCCUACUACGUAUCUUCGUUGCCGAUUCCAUGCAAAAAGUCAGAACACCAGAUUUCAGGUUAAGUUCUUAAUACACGAUGUCAGCACCCGAUCAAGCAGCCUUCGCAGUCCUAUCUCAAGUAGCCCUUGCCGCCGAUGGCGCAGUACUUGGGUUAGCCUUAGCGUACAUUGCAGUCCGCAGCGUCCUCAAGUUCAAGACGACCUCAUCAUCCUUGAACAAAGUCAAGAAGGCACCCUCUGUCAGCGUCUCCGAUCUCCCUUCUAUCCUCUCUCAUCCUUCCGAUCAAGAGUCAGAUACGACUACUUUCAGUGAUGAGAAGAUCAUCAUCAUUCGACGAGUCGUGGAGACGAAAUUCAUCGUCAAUGGCGAUUGGAAGAAACAAAACGUUUUGCUCUCUCAUGAGUUUAACGAGAAAUCUGUUAUUUGGAGAGGAUGCAAACGGUUUGAUUUUAAUCCAUUAGUUUAUGAUAAUGCUGGUUCAGUUCCUGUUGUCUAUGAUAAUGCCACUUUAGUUUCAGAAGUAUAUUCAUCGGUUCCUUUUAUCCUUGUUGAUUGGGGAAAUUGGUCAAAAUCUGAUUAUCUAAAAGUAAACUUGGAUGGGUCAAAGCAUCCUUUACCUCUUAAAACUGUAUGCCACAAUUUGCAGCCUAUAAGUACGUCUCCUUAUACUUUCCUCCAAGCAUUUUUCGGUCAUGAGUACCCUGUCAGACUUCUGGAUGAGGAGAUGAUUUUACCAGUUAGAAAGGAAAUCACUGUCGUUGGUCUUGUCAGUUUGAAAAAUGGAAUUCCUAAAGUGAUGCAUGCAAGGAUCUACCUUUCUUCUUGUGAGGAUAGUUGUUAUCAAGCUUUUCCAUGA